GCCUUUGAUCAGUCGAGGAUUCUGCAUUAGAGGUGCAAUUAAUGACAAAAUAACAGUGUUUUGAAUGAAUUUUAUUUAAAUUCGCUGUAGAUUAAAAUGGCUAGUUACGAUAGAAGUGACGAAGAAGAAAUGGAGGAGAAUAUGGAAGUUGAAGGCGCUGAAGAUGACACCACUCAGUCCUCAUUUCCCCCCGGGAGGGGAGAGGACCGUCAAUCCCAUGACGUUGAAGAUGAUGACGCUGAAAAGAAAGGAAAGAAAAGAAAAAAGAAAGAUGGCAGUGGGAAGAAGAAAAAGAAGAAGAAGAAGCAUCACCAUGAUGAUGAUGGCUCGGAUGGUGAGAAACACAAGAAAAAGAAGAAAGAUAAAGGCAUGGCAGAUCUUGGAACACCUCGAGACAGACCGAGGCCUGGACAGGAAACAUCAGCAGAUAUUGCUGCCAAGUUUGGCCUAGCCAACAUUGAGCUGGAAUACACAGCUGAAGAUUUUGAGGCCCUAACAAACUACAAGCUGUUCAGAGAACAUAUUCAACCGCUACUGGUUGAUCAGAACCCCAAAGCGGCACAGGCCAAGCUGAUAAACCUUAUAGCAGCCAAAUGGCGGGAGUUUGCCCAGGCAGCUGGUCAAUACAAGAAGAAUAAACUCGGGGUGGUAAGCCCAACUACUGAUGGUACUGAGAAACAUAUACCUGCAGAGCCCGAGACGCCCGUACAGGCAAAGGAGUCAGAUGAAGACACUGCAGAAGACUAUUACACUGAGGAGAAAGCCAGCACAGGCAAGAAAAAACGAGGUCGAAAACCUAAGGAGCCGAAAAUUGAACCUGAAGAAGAGAUCGAAGAAGAAGUUGAAAAUGAGGAGUAUGUUGAGGAGAAACCUAAACGACGUAGGGCAGCUAAGAAAUCCAAAAAAGCUUUGGAUGCUAUGGAGGAAGAAGAUUUUGAAGAAGAAGAAUACGUCGAGCUCGGUGCCAAAGGGAAGAAGAAGCGGGGCAGUGCUGGUAAAAAGAAGAAAGGGGCUGACUAUGAUGACGUGGAGGAGGAAGAGGAUGAGGACUCUUACAUGGAUGCCAAGAGCAGUGGUAAGAAGAAGAAGGGGAAGUCUGUGGCUCCAAUCAAGAUCAAGCUGUCUACGAAGAAGAAGCGCCGAAGAAAGGGGAGUAGUGAUGACGGUGAUGGUGGUGGCAACAACACCUCUGACGAGGAGUUUGAACGGCAACUAGAAGAAGCUAGUCUGAUUGCCGAACAGGAGAGAGAGGAAAAGCCGAAGCGUGUAAAGAAGGGAAAGAAAGCCGGCAAGGGCAAGAAACGUUUGAAGCUGAGUCGCUCUUUUGGAGGGGAGGAAGAUGGUUAUGAGACAGAACACCAGGAUUACUGCGAGGUGUGCCAGCAGGGAGGGGAAAUCAUCCUGUGUGACACCUGUCCCCGGGCUUACCAUCUUGUGUGUCUUGAGCCCGAAUUGGAGGAAGCCCCGGAGGGAAAAUGGUCCUGCCCUCACUGCGAAACUGAAGGUCCUGCCAUCCCAGAGGUUGAAGAUGACGACCACAAUGAGUUUUGUCGCGUUUGCAAAGACGGUGGAGAGCUGAUGUGUUGUGACAGAUGUCCCUCAUCUUACCACCCCCACUGUCUCAACCCCCCAAAGAAAGAGGUUCCCAAAGGGGAGUGGAUAUGUCCCAGGUGUUCAUGCCCGCCAAUGAAGGCAAAGGUGGCCAAGGUCCUGACGUGGAAGUGGACGGAGCCCCCGGAGCCGGAGAAAAAGAUGGAGGAGAUGGACCACACUCAUGAACACCACCUCGAGCCCAAGUCAACACCGGAUCACAAGCCGGAGAGGGAGUUCUUUGUGCGGUAUGUGGGGCUGUCUUUCUGGCACUGUGAGUGGAUCUCAGAACUUCAGUUGGAUGUAUACCAAUCAGCUCUUAUCCGGAUGUACAUGCGUAAAAAUGACAUGGAUGAACCCCCGCCGUUAGAGGACGGUAGUAGUUGGGGAAAUAAGGAGAAGCGCAAACACGCUGCUGAUCAGGACACAGAUAACCUUGAAGAUAGAUUCUACAAGUACGGUGUGCGGCCUGAGUGGCUCCAGAUACAUAGGAUUAUCAACCACAGAGUUGAACACGGUCAGACUAGUUAUUUGGUAAAAUGGAGAGACCUAAACUACGAUAUGGCAACAUGGGAGCCCGAAGACAGUGAAGUGCCCGAUUUCAAAGCUUCAAUAGAUUACUAUGACAACCUCAGGAGGGUGAUGUUGGGUGGUCCGGCGGAAGAGAAGCCGCGUAAGAAGAAGGGCAAGAAGAAGAAAGGGGAGGAAGAAGGCGUGGAUUCUCCUCGACCUAUGGGCAUGCCGCCUGCAUAUCCAGUCACUGAUAUGCGUAAGCAGCUACCUGAUGACCCAGAUUACCUUAAACAAACUGGUGGCAAACUACACCCGUACCAGCUGGAGGGCCUCAACUGGCUGAGAUACUCCUGGGCCAACCACACAGACACCAUCUUGGCUGAUGAAAUGGGCCUCGGAAAGACUAUUCAGACCAUCUCAUUCCUUUCUUCCUUGUAUAAUGAAGGCCACUGUAAAGGUCCGUUCCUGGUGUCGGCACCACUGUCAACCAUUAUCAACUGGGAGAGAGAGUUUGAGUUCUGGGCUCCUAAUCUUUAUGUGGUCACAUACACAGGAGACAAAGACUGCCGUGCAGUCAUAAGAGAAAAUGAAUUUUCAUUUGAUGAGGGAGCUGUACGUACAAUAGGCGGUAAAGCUUCGAAAAUGAAGCAGGGUAGCAGUGUGAAAUUCCACGUCCUUCUGACGUCGUACGAGUUGAUCAGUAUUGAUACAGCGACCCUUGGAUCUAUAGACUGGGCAGUCUUAGUUGUGGAUGAGGCUCAUAGGCUGAAGAAUAACCAGUCUAAGUUUUUCCGUAUCCUGUCCAACUACCACAUUGCGUACAAGCUGCUAUUGACAGGGACCCCACUACAGAACAACCUUGAAGAGUUGUUCCAUCUGCUCAAUUUCAUGUCUCCGGAUAACUUCAAUGAUCUACAGCACUUCCAGAGUGAGUUUGCGGACAUUUCCAAGGACGAUCAGGUUCGGAAACUCCACGACAUGCUGGGCCCUCACUUGCUGCGUCGUCUGAAGGCUGAUGUACUCAAGGGAAUGCCCGGCAAGAGUGAAUUCAUUGUCAGAGUGGAGCUUAGCCCUAUGCAAAAGAAAUACUACAAAUAUAUUCUGACACGUAACUUCUCAGCCCUAAACAUCAAGGGCGGUAAUUCUGUUUCCCUGCUCAACAUCAUGAUGGACUUGAAGAAAUGCUGUAAUCAUCCGUACCUCUUCCCAACUGCACAACAGGAGGCUCCUCGCACGCACAAUAAUGCAUAUGAAGGCACAGCCUUGACGAAGGCGUCUGGCAAGUUGAUUUUGGUAUCCAAAAUGAUGAGUAAGCUGAAAGAGGACGGGCAUAGAGUACUUAUAUUCUCACAGAUGACAAAGAUGUUGGAUAUUCUAGAAGAUUUCUUGGAACACGAGGGUUACAAAUACGAGCGUAUUGAUGGCGCUAUUACGGGAUCUCAGAGACAAGACGCCAUUGACAGGUUUAAUGCUCCUGGAGCAGAACAGUUUGCAUUCCUGUUAUCCACAAGAUCUGGUGGUCUGGGCAUCAACCUGGCUACAGCCGACACCGUCAUCAUUUACGAUUCUGAUUGGAACCCUCACAAUGACAUACAGGCAUUCAGUAGAGCCCACAGGAUUGGUCAGGCAAACAAGGUACUCAUCUAUCGGUUCGUGACGAGGAAUUCAGUGGAAGAGAGAAUCACACAGGUAGCAAAGAAAAAGAUGAUGUUGCAGCAUUUAGUGGUACGACCAGGAGUUGGCAACAAGACAACUUCCAUGUCUAAACAAGAGCUGGAUGAUAUCUUGAAAUUUGGAACAGAAGAACUGUUUAAAGAAGUGGAGGGUGAUGAUGAUGAAGAAAAGCGUAUUGUGUACACUGACGAAGCUAUCUCACAGCUUCUGGAUAGAUCUAAAGAAGCCCAGGAAGAAAAGGAAAUAGCUAUGAAUGAUUACUUUGACUCAUUCAAGGUGGCUGCCUACAAUGUCAAGGAGGGCGAAAGUGAUGAGGAGGAACAAGAGACAGAAGUGUUGAAACAGGAGGCAGAGCAUGCUGACCCCGCCUACUGGGAGAAAUUGCUCCGUCACCACUACGAGCAGCAACAGGAGGAUCUUGCCAGAACCCUUGGAAAGGGCAAACGAGUCAGGAAACAGGUCAACUAUAAUGAUGCCACCCUUGGAACUCAGGACGACGUUGCUUGGAAGGAGACCAUGUCAGAUUAUGAUUCCGACUUCAGCCAUAAUGGGGAGAAUGAGGAUGAUGAUGACGAAGAAUUCUUAGGGGAGGGCCAGAAAGACGGAGCUGGCCGAAGCAAGCGCUCCGAGCGUCGUGAGAGAGACAGACCAUUACCACCACUGCUGGCCAGGGUUAAUGGACAGAUUGAGGUCCUGGGAUUCAAUGCGAGACAAAGGAAAGCCUUCCUGAACGCUGUCAUGAGAUACGGCAUGCCCCCACAGGAUGCAUUUAACUCUCAAUGGUUGGUUCGAGAUCUGCGAGGCAAGUCAGAGAAAGUAUUCAGGGCUUACGUAUCCCUGUUUAUGCGCCACCUGUGUGAACCGGGAGCCGACAAUGCGGAGACAUUCGCUGACGGUGUUCCCAGAGAGGGGCUGUCACGGCAACAUGUACUUACUAGGAUUGGGAUCAUGUCAUUGGUCAGGAAAAAGGUACAAGAGUUUGAAGCUAUCAAUGGGAUCAACAGUAUGCCAUAUGUGAAAGCCACAGAGGCGGUUGAGAAAACAAAAGAAGAGAAAGAUUCAGCUGCCCCCUCUCCUGCUCCUAACGCAGAGACCAAAGAAGGGGAAAAGGUGGAAAAUGAUAAGAUGGAAACUGAGGAUACUCAGAAGGCUGCUGAAGAUGGAGAGAAAAAGGCUGAUGGUGCUGAGAGUACAGAUGGAGCUGGUGAUGGCAAGAAAGAUGAAGCGGAAAGUGGGAAAUCGGAAGAUGGGAAAUUAGAAGAUGGAAAAUCAGAAAGUGAAAAAACUGAGGGUGACAAAGGGGAGGGAGAUACCGGGAAAAGUGAGGGAGAGGGGAAAUCAGUGCAAGAGGCUGGAAAGGAGAAAGAAGAGCAGAUUGAGAAAAAACAAGACGAGAAAGCAGAGGAGAGUAAAGAAGAGAAGAUGGAAACUGAUGAAAAGCCUGAGAAGAGUGAAGAGAAGGAGGGAGAAUCCAAGGAGACAAAAGAAGAGCCAUCAGGGGAGGCAACUAAACAGGAGCCCAUGGAGACAGGGGAGGCAACUGAGGACAAGAAAACAGCUGAGGGAGAAAAUAAAGAAGAGGUGAAGGAAGAGAAGGAUGAUUCCAGUAAAGAUGAAGUGAAAGAAGAAAAAGAUGAAAAGCCAGAGGUGAAGGCCGAGAAUCCAGACAGUGAUGCCAAGUCGGACACUAAGUCAGAAUCUGGUAAACCAGACAGUGACAAGGCUGAAGACGGGACGAAGAAAGAGGAAGUAAAUCAAAAGUUUAUGUUCAACAUUGCCGACGGAGGUUUUACCGAGCUUCAUACACUCUGGCAGAAUGAACAGAGAGCUCUUGUUAAGGGCAGAGAACAUGAAGUCUGGCACCGUCGUCAUGACUACUGGCUUCUGGCAGGACUUGUCACUCACGGGUAUGGUCGCUGGCAGGAUAUGCAGAACGACACCCGUUUCCAUGUUAUCAACGAGCCUUUCCUCUCAGAGCAGGGAAAAGGAAACUUCCUCGAGAUUAAGAACAAAUUUUUGGCAAGGAGAUUCAAGCUCCUAGAACAAGGUCUGGUCAUAGAAGAGCAGUUGAGACGGGCUGCCUACCUGAACCUUACACAGGACCCCACUCACCCUGCCAUGGCUCUGAAUACGAGGUUUGCCGAGCUGGAAUGCCUUGCAGAAUCUCAUCAGCAUCUGUCCAAGGAGUCCUUGGCUGGCAAUAAGCCUGCAAAUGCAGUAUUGCAUAAAGUACUGAAUCAACUAGAAGAGUUGCUAUCGGACAUGAAGCAAGAUGUUAGCCGGUUACCAGCCACACUGGCGAGGGUCCCUCCUGUAACACAGAGACUACAGAUGUCAGAGAGAUCUAUUCUGGGCAGACUGGUCAACCCUGGUCAGGCUCCUGUCACUGCCGCCCCAGCAGCACCCAGCCCCUCCACAUCAGCUGGAGGCAAGUCAGGUACCGGUACUCCUAAUGUAGCUGGGCACCGGUCAGCAGCAGGCACCCCAGUUUCGCUGGAAACUGGCUUCCAAAUUGCACCCAAUUUGGCCCCACCCCAUGGACUAUAUGGGCCAAUCUCUGGGCCAGGGGGUGAUGUACCCGCUUUCUGGAGCUCAGAAGUUGCCCGCUCCCUUGGGCUUGACCUCCAUGGGCUUACACCCAUGUCAACGCAUCAUUGAAUCGUUGAACAGCGCCCGCAAUACCACUGUCACCUUUUUGGAUCCCACUAUUGGAGGAUGCACGAAGGAGGCAAUUUGUAUAGAGUAGAGCCAGGGAAAAGAAAUAACUCUAUAGACUAUAACUAUAGCUGUGCUGGGAAUGAUGUGUAUGGAAAAUAGACUUACAAGAAUGUUGUCUCUAGAACAUUAAAAUGUUGGACCAAUCUAGGAUGAAUACUGUCCCUGGACCAAUAAUGCUAUAAGUCCUAGUCUUUUGAGAAUGAGACAAAACAUAUUUUCAUACCCACACUUAUGUUACAACGGUUGCUAUGACAGCUGAGCCACUUCUUAUGGAACAUUGUUGGUUUUAUGUUGAAAUAUAGAUAUAUAGCUUCAAUUUUGAUAAUAAGUAAUUCACUUUAUAUACUUAUAAACAUAAACGCUGACCUACAAAUAAUAAUAUUAUUAUUUAAUAUAAGUUAAAAGAUUUUCUUCCACUGUGAUUGUGAAAAUUUUAUUAUUUUAUAAACAAGAGAAUAAAGAGAAUAAUUGUAGGCAUGCAAGUAAUAUUAUUUGGAUGAGUUGGCUUUUUGUUUUUAAAAAUGAACGUGUCAUUGUUGUGAUAGGAAGUGUGGUUUAAGUCAUGUACGUUAUUGCUGUACCAAAAUAAUCAUAAUAAGUAUCAUUUGUUCCAUAUUGCAUUGUAGAAAUGUCUUUCCAUUGGUUAAUAAUCGCCCUUAGUGGUGAAAUCGUUUAUAAAUUGCUCAUCAUUAAAUUUCUUUCAUCAAAUCAACAUGUAUUUAUAUCAGCCAUCGAAAAACAUAAUGUUCACUAUUCCAGCAUAUUGUUCAAAUUGCAUGUGUUCCAGGAACAAAAUCAUGGUUUUAUAUUAUGUUACUGUUAAAUUAAGGUCUAUUCACAAUACCUUAAAGGUAAAAUGAAUGUUAUUUCAUUAACUAUAACAAUUUCAAGCGCUUGUUUGUUUUUCAUUGACAUCAUUAUAUAUGCAUGAUUAUUGAAUCCGUUGAUCUUUUUGGCAACGUUUUUGUUGUUUUGUAAUAAUAAACUAGUGAAAAUGG